CUCCCCCAUCUUCCGGCUGAUGAAUGCAGAUGUCAUCUCAUCUCAUCUCAUCUCUAUCCAAUUCCAACACGGACACCUAUAAGAGGUUGGUAACUCGUAGCUGGGCAUUGUCACUUCUUGUUCUUGGCAGCGAGCGCCAUUUCCAGAGGAUUUCUUGGGUUCUAUAGGUGAGGUUGGAGGCGCAGCUUCGUCGUCGUCUGAUGGCGCCAUGGCGUGCGGCGGCGAUGGCGUCGUCCCAGCUCGCGCGCCGCGCGGCGAGGAGGCUGCUUUCGUCUCAGCAUCGCCGUCACUGCGCCGCGCCCGCCUGUCCCUGGCUCCUGGGCUCGGCGCCGCCGGUUCUUGCGCCGUCUCCGGUGGCUGCGGCGGCGGCGGGAGAUCGUCGGGGAUUCUGCUCCGUCCGGCGUUUCACCGGGGAGAGCAACGCCGCCGCCGCCGUCGAGGAGGCGGAGAACGGGUUGGUGGCCGGUGGUGAUCAGCAGGCAAUAGAUUUCCCUGGAGGAAAGGUCUCCUUUGUUGCUGAAAUGAACUUCCUUCCAGAAUCUCAGAGGGAUAGGAUCAACUGUUACCGUGUUCUUGACGAUGACGGCAGAACAAUAUCUGGAAGCAGAUUCCAAGAGGUCAGUAAGGAGCUGGCUCUGAAAAUGUACAAUGAAAUGGCCACCCUCCAGGUCAUGGAUACAAUCUUCUUUGAAGCUCAGAGGCAGGGAAGAAUCUCAUUCUAUCUCACUUCACAUGGUGAGGAAGCAAUCAAUAUAGCCUCUGCUGCUGCACUUACUAUUGAUGACAUUGUACUGCCUCAGUACAGGGAACCUGGUGUUCUUCUAUGGCGCGGCUUCACACUGCAAGAAUUUGCAAAUCAGUGCUUUGGGAAUAAGCUGGAUUAUGGUAAAGGGAGGCAGAUGCCAAUACACUAUGGAUCGAACCGUCUGAAUUAUUUCACGGUGUCAUCGCCUAUUGCUACACAGCUCCCUCAUGCUGUUGGAGCUGCGUACUCCUUGAAGAUGGACAAGAAAGAUGCAUGUGCCAUCACGUAUUUUGGCGAUGGCGGCACAAGUGAGGGAGACUUCCAUGCUGCACUCAACUUUGCAGCAGUUAUGGAAGCGCCGGUGAUCUUCUUCUGCCGCAACAAUGGCUGGGCAAUCAGCACCCCAACUAGUGAACAGUUCAGAAGUGAUGGAGCUGUUAUCCGUGGUCAAGCUUAUGGAAUGCGCAGUAUCAGAGUAGAUGGAAAUGAUGCUCUUGCUGUGUACAGUGCAGUUCACACAGCCAGGGAAAUGGCUAUCAAGGAAGGAAGGCCAAUUUUAGUUGAGGCACUGACUUACCGGGUCGGCCAUCACUCGACAUCCGAUGAUUCAACCAAAUACAGGCCGGUCGAUGAGAUCGAGCACUGGCGAACAGCGCGAGAUCCGAUUUCCAGGUACAGAAAAUGGGUUCAGGGGAAUGGCUGGUGGUGUGAUGAAGAUGAAUCUGAACUCAGGAACAAUGUGAGGCAAGAGCUUCUGAAAGCCAUUCAGGUGGCAGAAAGAAUGCCGAAACCGCCGCUCGCUGAACUAUUCACCGAUGUUUAUGAUGAAGUUCCUUCCAACCUAAGAGAGCAAGAGCGAUUGCUGAGGGAUACAAUCAAGAAGCACCCUGCAGACUACCCAGCUGAUGUGCAUAUUUAGUUGUAUUGGGUGACCAGAGGUUUCCAUAUUGUAGUAACUAUUGAUAAUUUAGGUUCAUAGCAUUGAUAAAUAAUAACAACAAUAAUUCAGGCAAUAAAAUGCUGAUCCAACAGUUAUAAAUCAAAUACAAAAAAAAUAUUGUUGCUAUGAAUCAUAAAUAUAAAAGGAGUAUAUGAGAUAAUGGUACAGCAAGAACACAGGGCAAACACUUAUAUUGCACACAAAUUGAAAACAGCAUCACAAUUAUCAUUUUUUUUCA